AUGCCCGUCCGACAGGCGGCCAUCGCUGUUCCUCCAUCUCCUCAGGGUGUAGACCACGACCUUCAUACCAACGCAGAGCGGUUUAGGAGGCGUAGACACAACGUCGUACGACACAACCUCGCGGACUCGGUUGCUGCGUGUGUGCAGGUUGGCGGAGUGUGGAUGGGGCAGUGGGCAGUGUGUGUGGUCAAGGCGCCCCCCGACGGGAAGGAGUCUUCGUCCUCGGCCAAGCUGACUCCCCCGUGGGAAGCACGGGGCCGCGGUCUGUAUGCCGGCAAACCAAUCUUCGUUCUCGGCGGCGCAUCUACGGUCGGGCAGUUCGUUAUCCAGCUCGCGAGACUGGCUGGAUUCGCCCCCAUCAUCACCACCGCAUCGCUGCACAACGUGAAGUAUCUCCAGUCCCUCGGGGCAACGCACGUCCUCGAACGCACCGUCGGCCAAGGACACCUGCAGGCGGAGAUCAUGCGGAUCGCAGGCGGUCCCCUUGCACUCGUUUACGACGCCAUCUCACGCGACGAGAGCUUCGCGCUGUCAUACGGUGUCACCGCGCCGACGGGACAACUCAUCAUCGUGUCCCCGGGGGUGUUUCCGGCGGAGAACACGAAGACGGUGCACCUCGCGAACGGGCUGUUCAGCUCGCCCGUCAACAAGGACGUUGGCGCAGGCCUCCGUAUGCACCUGAAGGGCUUGCUCGAGGCCGGAGAUGUCAAGCCCCUGCGCAUUGAAGUUUUGCCGGGAGGGCUGGGCGGUGUCGUCGCUGGGCUGGCUCGUAUGCGAGACGGAAAAGUGAGUGGAGUGAAGUUAGUAGUGAGGCCUCAGGAGACGGAGUAAUACUUCGUGGAAAUGAUAACUAUCUGGCUUGUGUCGU